CUUAACUUCAAAAACACGCUUAAAGUAUAUUAACGUGGAUCAUGAGCUCGUGGCCUCAACGCGAUCGUGUUUAACAAGAGGCACGCAGCCUUUCAAUACAAACGACCAAUUUUCUAAACAAGCAUUUCUUCGAACAACUGCGGGGCGAGAAAACAAAAUCGAACAUCACCAGCUUUAUCGAGUCCCUAUCGUUCCGUUCAAAUUCAACCGAUUUGCGCUUAAAUCUUCUUCAAUUCGCAAAGCCCUCUGAUGUUUCUCUGAAGGUAAUUUAAGGAGAAUAAUCCAAUUAUGCAGUCGUCGAGGUCGUUGAUUCAGCGGGUGGCACCAAUUUUCGCAGCUCGAAUUCGACAUAACUCGAAACUUCUUAGCUCGACGUCGUCCUCAGUUCUCGCUAAAGAGCCCCAAUCGUCUUCUCCAUCUCCCACCGUACAAGAUUCGGUUUACUUGUCUGAUAAUUGCGUCCGGAGGAUGAAAGAGUUGCAGGCUGAUGAAGCUAAGGAGAAACUGCUUCGAUUAAGCAUAGAAGCAGGUGGUUGUUCUGGUUUUCAAUACAACUUUGCUCUCGAAGAGAAACCCAACAAUGAUGACAGGAUAUUUGAGAGGGAUGGUGUUAAAUUGGUGGUUGACACAAUAUCAUUAGGGUUUGUAAAAGGUGCAACCGUUGAUUAUGUUGAAGAGCUCAUCCGUUCUGGUUUUCAGGUAGCUGAAAAUCCAAGUGCUGUUGGUGGUUGUAGCUGUAAAAGUUCAUUCAUGAUUCAUUCAACACAGACACCACAACACAACCAAUAG